AUGUUUUGCCUCUACUGUGACAAUCCUCGCGACAAAUGUACAUGCAGAGCACCGUUGGCAAAGUGUUCCUACUGCGAAUUAUCCACGGAUCUGUGCACAUGCAAGGAUCAGAAGACGAUUCGCGACGGAAGACCGGUCCUCGCCGAACCAGACAACGAUCGAACCAUGUACGUUACCGCGUGGAAACCACGGGAAGAAGUACGACGUUACUUUUCUAGAAACUUGGCCGAUCUACGAGUAGAUUCUAUCAAGGAGCACUGUUAUUGUGAAAAGCUCAAGCCGCACAACUCCGAUGACCUUCCUUAUCAACGUUUGAGCAUCUUCUCUGACGUUAUGGACGAGUUACAGCAGAAGAUGAGCGAAUCUACGUGUUGCACGCGAUGCAGGAAGAUCCCCUGUUGUUGCAAUAUCAAGGCUGAUAGAGACGAGGUCAGAGAAGAGAGGAAGAUCAAAUAUCGCAUCAGCCCGAAGACUCGUAGAAAAAUCAUAGCCGUGUGCAUGGAGAAAUCGAAGAGUAAAUUAUCGAACAACUGCAAGUGCGACACUGGUCAAGGGAAAAACGAGAAGCAGAAGAAGAUAAUAGUAGCUCUUUGUUGUGCUUGCAAAGCGACACCCUGUCGAUGUAAAAAGGCUAAAACAAAUCAGAAGAAGCCAAAGGCGAAGUGUUAUUAUUGCAAAAGCUCUCCCUGUCUCUGCGUUACGGCCAGAGAACGAGGCAAACCGAGGCCGUGCAGGUGCGCUGAUUCACCUUGCCGCACGAUCGAGAAGGAAAGCGCAGCACCGUGUGGUAAAAUAUCGACAAAACCGAAGAACAAUGACGAAAAGGCAAUUUGUAUACGAUAA